AUGAAAAAACGAAUUUCGAGCGCCGAGAAGAAUUUGCUGACAAUUUCUGUUGUCUCAUUUAUCAUUCAAACUGUCGCAUUUUCAAUGCUAUUAAUUAUGAUGCUUUAUGCGAACACACAAACUCAAGAUAAUCCAUGGUCUACAUUAAUUUAUCAAUUAGUUGAUAUAACCUAUGAUCUAAUUACAAUUAAUUCCCCAUGGACAUUGCUUAUUUUUAGCACGAAAAGUCGUCAAUAUUCUUUGAGAAUAUUGGGAAGAUCCGGGAAGAUUUUGCCACUUCCGGGAAGUUCGGUGGUUUCUAGAGGUGGGUAUUGAAUAUGGGAAGAUUGAUUCAAAUUUUGAAUUUUCAGCGCCAAUUUCAGUCACACAUACAGCAACUCGAACAUGA